CCGAUAUUCUUUUCCGGAUCGCAGCCUCCAUGGCCUCAGUCGCAGCCUUCGACUCCUCCAAUUCGCCUUCAGUCUCGGCUAGCGCAGGUCAAAGCUCUCCGGUCAUGGUCUCCUCCACUGGCGCGUCUUCUCCGUUUGGAACGCAGCAACCGGUCAUCAUGCCAGGAACAGCGGCUCAGUCGGCUUCAUCCUUUUCUUCGCCGACCCGGGGCUUGUCUUCCUCGUCCCUGUUUCAGAACAUGCCGCCUAUCUUCACCUGGUCUGCCCCUCAUUCUGCCUCACAGUUCACUCUGGACCCGCCGCCCUCUUUCUCCAUGCCGAUGACUCUGCCGCAGACCCUCUCCACCGCACCGGCAGUCACGUUCUCAGGCCCUACGUUUGUUGGGUCUCCGGGUGUCUCUUCCAUGCUUCCAGCACAAAGGGCAGUAACUUCUCCGGUUAUCUCGACUCCAAUGGCAACACUGGCUCAGACCGUAUCUCAUGUUGCGACCAAUGUUACUAAUAUAGUAACCACCCGAUUACAGGCAGUGGAGGAUUACAGUACAUGGCGCACACAAUUUGAGUCUUUUCUUGUUUCUCAGGGCCUUCUCGGCAUGGUGGAUGGCACUAUUCAGGUACCUUCUCCUCAUUCCAUAGAUGUCUCCAAUCGUCCAAUUCCCAAUCCCGAGUAUUCCUCUUGGCUUCGUAUUGAUCAAACUAUUCGCUCUUGGAUUUUUGCUACCUUGUCUCGUGAUGUUUUGAUUGAUGUUCGUGAUUUGAAACAUUCUUUUGGGAUUUGGGAACGAUUGGAGUCUAGAUUUAUGUCUGCCAGUUUAGCCAGGUCUAUGGAAUUGAGACACAUGCUGAACACUAUUAAGAAAAAGCCUGAUCAGUCUAUGGAUAGCUAUUUGCGUGAGGUUAAAAUUUUGGUUGAUGACCUUGCAUGUAUUAAUUGUCCUGUUUCUCAUCUUGAUAUGCUUAAAUCCAUUAUCAUGGGGUUAGGGAAAGAUUAUGCUUCUAUGAUCAAUACUGUGACUAUGUUUCCUCAAAAUUUCCCUUAUGAGACUCUCCGGAAUCACCUUAUUGAAAUUGAGCAACGGGACCGUUUUUUUCAACAACAAGAAGCUUUGGCUUCUCAUCAGGCUUUUGUAGCACCAGUUCAGCCGCAGCCAGGCGUUCAGCGCCCUCCUACUCCCGCUGGCCGAAGCCGUGGUGGCAGAGGCCACGGCACACGUGGCCGUGGGGGACGAGGCCGUGGCCGGUACCAGCAGCACUAUGGGCAACACUCCGGGCAGCAAGCUUCUUAUGGUCCAUCCGGGCAGUUCUACGGUGGUGGUGCCUCAGUUGCUGUUCCGGGUACUCAUGCAGGGGGUGCUCAGUCUCAGCAUAAUAACACUACAGGCUUUCCUUCAGACGGGGGUAUUCUGGGCUCUGCCCCUCCUCCCAUUGUGUGUCAGAUUUGUUUCUCUACAGGUCACUCAGCCAUUGCAUGUCCUUCCCGCUUCUCACAACCGUCUGCGCCUGCCUUGUUGACCACGCCAGGGGAAACUAAUCCUGCUUUAUGGUACCCUGAUUCUGGGGCUUCUGCCCACAUGACGCCAUCUAAAGGACAAACACACGGGAACAGUUCUUCUGCAAGCUUCCAGUAGUGGGCCUCUUUACCCUUUCAGCCUGCCGUCAUCUUC